AGCAUAACUUUGCACGGGCUCUCUUUAGCUGCCUCCACUGAUUAUGGCGAUGCUUUCCGCUAGCACGUCCCGCUGUUGUGGACUUGUAGCCCAAAAUUCUCAACGGCUUCGACGGGCUCAGACAUUAGGCUCCAGGUUAUCAUGCAGACGCAUGAAUGCGCUACCGGAUCAGGGAGAAGAAAUCUCUGAGGCCAUGAAGGCGGACCUGGAGCGGCUGCGCGCCAAGUCAGGCGCUAGCUCCUCGGCGGGCCCCAGCAGCCAAACCCAGACGUCCCAGGCCGAGGCGGGCGGUCCCUUCACUGGCGCCAAGGACGCACUGGACAAGCUGCUCAUCGCCGACUUCUUCCUCGUGCUGUUCAUCCUGGCCUGGCUGGCGGCGGGCGUGGCGCAGAACGCCGUGGCCGGCUCCAGUCCCCUGCUGGACGCCUGGUACCCGCUGUGGCCGCUGCUGUGGCAGCCGGCGCUUGGGGUGCUCAUGGCGGGCGCGCUGGUGAGCGGCGGCAUUGGGUGGCUCAAUGAGCAGGCCGCCAAGCGCGAGCAGCAGUGAGCGGCGGCGUGAGCGGUGGCGCGAGCAGCAGUGAGCGGCGGCGUGAGCGGUGGCGUGAGCGGUGGCGUGAGCGUGUGGCAUGAGUGGCAGUGAGCGGUGGCGUGGGAGGCGAGGCGAGGGAGAGGCGAUGAGGGCGUCCGAGAGAGGUGAUGAGGGCGGGAACGCAGACGUAGGGCCGGACGGAUGGCUCGGUUUGUUUACCAAGCGUGAUAAAAGCGGUACCGCCAUCCGUGCGAGCGUGGCCGGAUGGUUGACUCGACAGAGGGACCGGUUUUCGUGUGGUUCAUGCAGCAGGGCGGUGAUGUGAGGUCAGUAGUGCUACGCGGCGAGGAGCGCUAUGGGCGUGGCUCUGUACACGAUAUGGGCGUCAUAGUAUGACUUGAGCGAGAGGAACAAGAGGAAGUGCUGGAGAUGCAGGCGAAGACUGCGGAGAGGAGAGGAGAGGCUGCAGGAGCGUGUUUGCACUGGCCAGACGCUUUCGUCGUUGGAAGGCCGGCAAGGGUGAGGGUGUUGCACAGCGACCCCUGCUGACGACUCCACGGUGGCCGGGCUGUAAGGCUGAUGAAAGCACUGAUUUGAACCGACUUGAAUUUUGAUGUCUACAGUCUACUAUUCCGUGUGAACGCUUGAUGCCACAAGCCACGAGUCCACGACGUGCAAAGACUGGCGGCUCUGGGCUCUGUCACUCUCUGUAGGAGCCUUAGGAGGGCCACUG